UCACAUGGUGGGCUGGACUGAAAAGGUGGGGGUUGAUAUUAGAGGUAUAGGAGAGUCAGAGGGGGCUCGCUCUCCGUAUUGUACAAGAGACCAGGAGAAAGAAAAUACAAUAUUUUUCAAAGAGGGAUUACUGAAAAACGUGCUUGUUGACGAUACAACCAGCGUUUAUUGCCUGAUUCUUCUGGAGUUGUAGGAGACCCAGGAACCCCCCAAACCAUGGCAGAAGGGGGCUGUGCAAAAAACGAAGAGGAGGAAGCCACUGGCUCGGAGGAGGAUCUGGGUUCGUCUCGUGGCAGCGGCGUGUGUAAAUGGUUCAACGUCCGGAUGGGUUUCGGGUUCCUGUCCAUGACCAACAGAGAUGGGACACCGCUCGAGGAGACUGUCGAUGUAUUCGUUCAUCAGAGCAAGCUGCACAUGGAGGGCUACCGCAGCCUGAAGGAGGGCGAGGCGGUGGAGUUUACCUUCAAGAAGUCGUCUAAAGGCCUAGAGUCUGUCACGGUGACGGGGCCAGGGGGAGCACAGUGUGUGGGCAGUGAGAAGAGACCUAAGGGGCAACAGAAACGACGCUCCAAGGGGGACAGAUGCUACAACUGUGGAGGACCUGACCACCAUGCCAAAGAAUGCCAGCUACCUCCUCAGCCCAAGAAGUGCCAUUUUUGCCAGAGCAUCAGUCACAUGGUGGCCAACUGUCCAAUCAAAGCACAGCAGUCCUCCCCUGGCGCUCAGGGAACAGCAUCAUCACUGAGGGACGAGAAAGAGGAGCAGAGCCAUGCUCCCUUUCCCCACAGGGAGAGCUAUGAUUGAUCGAUUCAGGGAUUCAGCCAAUCAAAAGGUUUCAUUGGAAUGCUGCUUUUGGAACUACAUCAGGUUGUCUUUAUUUAUCGCACAAACAGCAAGAAAUGUGUACUUUUAUUGAUGUGAUAGUUGAGAUUGAGUGUUUUAAUUGUAUUUUCCCUGUUGCAGCUAAAUAAGAGGUAGCCUAUGUGGAUUUUCCUGGAGACGAUUGUGAGUGCUCUGCUCUCUCACUGUAUACCAUGUUUCCCAAAAAGCUUUUGUUAGAAAAAGGUAAAGGAAAUACAAUCAUACAUGUGAAUGUACAGAUAUAGGUGUCUUGACUCUAAGACUGUUUCAUGGACAAAAAGGAGUGUGUCUUUCUGCUUAUUGAAAUCUUCAGGUAUUAUAAGUCGUUGUGCAUUUCUACGGCCAAGUGAAUGUUUUAACCCUUUCUGCUGUAUGAAUGUUGGUACACCAUGGUUGCCGAUUGGACUGUGUACAAUACAGCUUGUCAUAAGUGCCAUAGCCUGUUCAUUUGUCUCAUGAGUGGUUGGAUGUGGCCCCCUCCCUUGCAUGUUACAAAGCCUUGACUCAAGGCUAAAUGCGAGGAUAGCGUUGAUUGUAUGUCUGUCUGUCUGUCUGUCUGUCUGUCUGUCCCACAGUUUUUACUAUGGAUGUAAACAUGGCUUUCUAACAUAUUCUACAUAUCAGGGGUGUUCUCAUACACGGCCCAAAUACAUUACUUGUUUCUCA